UGACACUUGCCUAUUCCUCCGAAAUAGCAUCCGCUGAUUAUGUUUCUUGCCAUCACACUUCUUUUACUUUUUUAACUGACUACCUUUUUCAUUAAUUCCCCUCUUUAAAAUCCAUUCAUUUUUUGUUUCUUCAAACCCCCAAACUCAAAAAUCACUCAAAUUAUACAACUUUUAUCAGCUUGUUAGCAAGAACACUAGUUUGAAUUCUGAAAAAAGGAUGAUCUUGAAAGCUUCUGUUUUAAUCAUCUUCUUCACUCUUUUUGUUCACUGGGAAACCUCAGAAACUAAAUCUCAAGGUGAUAUUGGACAAGCCAGCUUGCCGCCAAGAGGUUGGGAUUCCUAUGACUCGUUUUGUUGGAGCAUCUCUGAGGAAGAAUUUCUUAAGAAUGCAGAACUUGUAGCACAGCGAUUAAAACCUCAUGGUUAUCAGUACGUUGUGUUGGACUUUCUUUGGUAUAGGAAGAAAGUCAAAGGUGCUUAUACUGAUUCUUAUGGUUAUGAUGUUUUUGAUGAGUGGGGAAGGAUGGUUCCUGACCCUGGUAGAUGGCCUUCCUCUCAAGGUGGAAAGGGGUUAUCUGAAGUGGCCCAAAAGGUUCAUAGCAUGGGCCUGAAAUUUGGGAUUCACGUAAUGAGAGGUUUAAGUAAACAAGCAUUCAAUGCUAACACCCUCAUACUGGAUACCACUACGGGCAAAGCUUAUGUGGAAGCUGGUCGACAAUGGCGUGCACAAGAUAUAGGAAUUAAGGAGAGGACUUGUGCGUGGAUGAAAAAUGGUUUCAUGAGUGUGAAUACCAAGUUGGGAGCUGGAAGAGCGUUCCUUAGGUCACUCUAUCAACAAUAUGCUGACUGGGGUGUUGAUUAUGUGAAACACGACUGUGUAUUUGGUGAUGACUUGGAUUUAGAUGAGAUAAUCGUUGUUUCAGAGGUAUUGAAUGAGCUUAGCCGACCUAUCAUAUAUUCCUUGUCCCCUGGAACUAAUGUAAAUCCAACCAUGGCGAAGGAUGUAAGUGGUUUGGUCAAUACGUAUCGAGUAACCGGUGAUGACUGGGAUACUUGGAAAGAUCUCUCUUCCCACUUCAAUGUUGCGAGGGAGUUCGCUUCUGCUAACUUAGUAGGAGUCAAGGGCCUGAAGGGGAAAUCGUGGCCCGACUUGGAUAUGCUACCAUUUGGGUGGCUAACAGAUCCAGGUUCAAAUCGUGGUCCACACAGAUAUUGCAAUCUUAAUCUGGAUGAGCAACGUACUCAGGUCACUCUAUGGUCCAUGGUCAGGUCCCCUUUCAUCUUUGGCGGAGAUAUGAGAAAGCUUGAUGAUACUACAUUUGGUCUUCUUACGAAUCCUACUCUCUUGGAGAUUAACUGGUUUAGCUCGAACAACAUGGAGUUUCAUUAUGUGACAGGUUCUUCAAGUUCACCUGGAAAACAUGGCUUGACUCACCAUACUGAGGAUAAAGAAACAAUAAAUGUGUUGCAGACGAGAGUUUUGGCUCUCAGGAGCUGCACAGAUGUAAAGGCAAAUGGCUGGUCGACUAAAGUUCUGGACAAUGAUCUAGAGCAAGUGUGCUGGGAAGAGAAAUCAAAUAAACGCAAGGCACCUUUUUGUCUAUACAAGAGAAAAGCACUUUCAGCAUCAGAAGGGGAGAUGGUAUAUAAGCACCAAAAUCACGGGAAUCUUCACUUACUGGUAACAGAGAGAACAGAAUAUUGUUUUGGUGCAUCUUCAAAUAGAAAGCUUACAUCUAAAGAGUUGAGCAGAGGUUCAUUUUCACGGUGCAGAUCACAUGCCAACCAGAUGUGGGAGGUGAACUACAAUGGAACCCUCAUGAAUAGUUAUUCUGGUCUUUGUGCUACCAUGGAUAUUGUCAAAGCUUCUUCCGCUGGAGUUAGGUCCUGGCUUGCAACUGGAAGAAGAGGUGAAAUCUACUUGGCUUUCUUCAAUUUGAACAACCAGGUGACAAAAAUGUCAGCAAAGAUAUCAGACAUAACUAAUGCAAUUCAUGCUAAGAGUUCAAAUUGCAGAGGCAGAGAAGUAUGGAGUGCCAAAAAUCUUGGAGCCAUAAAGGAUUCAAUAUCUAUGUCAGUAAAAGCUCACGGAUGUGCAUUGUUUGUCUUGAACUGCAACUAAUGUUGAGUACACUAAAGGAAGUUCUACAUCGAGUCCAUGUUGUAUAUUCAUCUUUCGUAAAACACUUGUUGGAUCAUUUACUGAAAUAAAAUAUUACUAUGCUUGUGUCUUGA